AUGGAUACGCCCCUGGAUAUGGACCUGGGCAUGAAUCUGGGCAUGGACUUGGACAUGGUCAUGGACAUGGACAGGGUCAUGGACAUGGACAGGGUCAUGGACAUGGAGGAGAGCUUUUAUACAAAAGGUUUACUGGACCAAAAGUCUAAAUCCACAGGUUUUCCAGGUGGGGCCCAUUUCUCCGCAGAAACCGGCCAAAAGAAGCACGAAGACCACUAUUCUAGCCACGGCGGCCAAAGGAAAAAGGGGUACAAAUCCAACCACCACCACGACGUAGCGGACCACCAAAACCACGGUAAGGUCCACGAUGCAGGCCACGUCGCGGAAAAGGGCGGCCACGAGCACAGUAACCACGACGAAGCCGGCCACUACAAAGAUUUCCAUGACAGCAAAAAGGGCCACAAAGCGGCUAAAUUCGGAGAGAAGAAGGGCCACAAGAGGGGUCACAAAACCAAGGGGUUCCACAACAAAUUCCACAAGGACGAGUACCACAAGGAGCAUAGAUUUUACGACGACUACCACAAGAGUGGUCACCACAGUAAGCAUGGCGAUUUCCACGGUCACCAUGAGAAGAAAGAGGGUGAUUACAAGAAAGGAGGUAGUCACAAGUCUGGACACGAAAAGGAAGAAUCCGGGAAGAAGGGUCACUCAGAUCAUGGAAAGGUGGAGGAAGAACACAAAGGUUUCAAAGCAGACGAUGGUCACGAACGCCACCACGACAAACACAAGGAGUUUAAGAAGGAGGGAGGUGAACAUGGAGGAAAAGAAUACGGCUUCAAAGGAAGUCACAAGCACUAA